AUGCUGAAGGAGCGCGAGGUGUCGGCGGCGGCGCUCGAGGCGAGCUGCUGCGCCGGCUGCGGCGCCCGCAUCUGCGACCGCUACUUCCUGCUGGCCGCCGACCGACAGUGGCACUCCGCCUGCCUGCGCUGCUGCGACUGCAAGCUGCCGCUCGCCUCCGAGCUCACCUGCUUCUCUCGCGACGGCAACAUUUACUGCAAGGAGGACUACUACAGGCUGUUCGCGGUGAAGCGGUGCGCGCGCUGCCAGGCGGGCAUCUCGGCCAGCGAGCUGGUGAUGCGCGCGCGCGACCUCGUCUACCACGUGCACUGCUUCACGUGCGCCUCGUGCGGCGUGCCGCUCGCCAAGGGCGACCACUUCGGCAUGCGCGACGAGCUCGUCUACUGCCGGCCGCACUACGAGCUGCUGUACAGCCAGGACGCGGCCGGCGCGCCCUUCUGCGACCUCGAGGCCGCCUUCCGGGCCGGCGCUGCCCCCUGCGGGGCGCCGGCGUCGCCGGGGAAGGGCCGCCCCCGCAAGAGGAAGCUGCCGUCCGCCGCCGAGCCGCAGGACAUGCCCGUCGGGCUGCGCAUCCCUGCCGCCGCGCUCGAAAGUACGUCGAAGUGCGAGUCGGCUGGUGCGCUUUUGAACAGGCCUCUGGAGCCCGGCGGAGCCUACCCUUUCCCGUGUCCUCAGUCCGCACGCCCCUCGCGGCCAGCAGGACAUCUGCGAGAUGGAAACGGCGGAGCAGGGGCACGGAGCCAGAGCCGGCGCGCCACCGCCGUGUUUGCCGAGCUAAUUGUCUUGCGCUGCCCGGAGUCAACGCGCCGGCGGGCCAAUUACUCGCGACGCGGUGCGUCAGCCAAACUCAUCGCCUAA